GGGGUGCAUGGGGGGGCUGGCCCCUGCUGAUUCAGAGGUUAGGAAUUUGCAUCUGAUUACUGUUUGUCAACCAAUGAUGUGAGCGUGCAGGCCGGAGCGUCUCUCCACGCCUCUCUCUCUCUCUCCGGCUGUCUGCUGCCUCAACCCGACACUCAAACUCUGAAAACACAAUUACACGCAAAAGACGAAUGCGUGGAUAUCAUGCAGUCACAUGAAACCACUUUAUUUCCAGCCGAUAAACACACGAACCUCCUCUCCUCUUCCUCUUUCUGGUGUUUUCCUCUCUGUGUGUAAUCGAGUCUGGAUUCAGAGACGGGGAAAACAGGAAUGUUUCUUCCGGUUCCAAAGAGUGUAAAAACCGAACGGAAGCCGAUGUGGUCUUUGUAGUGUAUCAGCACACUUGUCCUCCUACCUUCGCCUCCGUUACCUGUGCCUCACUGACUGCUGUGCAACUCAGCCCUGCUGUCGGCUUUGGUUUCCCCCCGACUGCCGGAAAAACCAUUGAGACAAGAGAGAGGCCUCUGUCUCUAGAACUGCAGUCAACCUUUCUGAGAGCUCUGCCACCCCCUCCUCCUCCUUAUUUCACUUCAUAACCAUAACCUACAGCUGCCUCACCACAAAAAACGGUUGGCGAUUGCUCAGCAGAAGGAUCGACCGUUGUCCACCGCCUGGCCCCGGACUGGUGCUCAUUCAUUGGGGGAGGGAGGGGAAGGAAGGCAGCUGAACGUCGUGCCGCUUUCCCCGGAGAUGAAGCUCCAGGCUGUCAUGGAGAACCUGCACAGGCAGCAGAGGGCCAAGCUGCUGAUGGAGCAGCAGCUACAGCAGCAAGCCGCCGCCCAACACUCUCAGGUCCGCACCAUCGUUGGAGGAGGGGACGAGCCGAUGGGGAGCCCGGCCCCCGAGGCGGAGCAGGCCCAGAUGGCGGCGCUGGCAGCCAUGCGUGCCGCCGCCGCCGGGCUGCAGAGGGUCUCGGACAGCCCCAUGUCAGACCGCAGCAGUGGCGGCGAGGACGAAGAUGACGACGAUGACAAUGAAGACCGGGAGGAGCAUUACAAGGACAUGAUGGGGUCAGAUGAGGAGGAGCAGAUCAAACGGAAAUGGGACGAGGAAGACUUCGAAGGCGAGAUGGAAGAAGACUUUGAUGACGACCUGGCGGAGGAGGGUCUGCCAACGGGCCAUGAAGCUGUGGCUCCAGGGAAGGGAAUCCUCCUGCUGCCGCACCGUCAGCUCCACCCUCACUCUCAGCUGCUGAAGGCCCGGCCCAGCGUCGACCAGGAGCCCCGGGUAGCCAUCAUGCCCCCCCACGCCACGCAAAGCCAUCUGAGCGGACAGGACCACGGAGAGUGGACCUAUGAGGAGCAGUUCAGACAGCUGUAUGAACUGGAUAGAGACCCGAAGAGAAAAGAGUUUCUGGAUGACCUUUUCAGCUUCAUGCAAAAACGAGGAACGCCAGUGAAUCGUAUUCCCAUCAUGGCCAAGCAGGUCCUGGAUCUGUACAUGCUCUACAGGCUGGUGACAGAGAAGGGCGGCCUGGUGGAGGUCAUCAACAAGAAACUGUGGAGAGAGAUCACUAAGGGACUCAACCUGCCUACCUCAAUCACCAGUGCAGCCUUCACCCUACGCACACAAUACAUGAAGUACCUGUACCCAUAUGAAUGUGACAAGAGGAGUCUGAGCAACCCCAACGAGCUCCAGGCAGCCAUCGACAGUAAUCGGCGGGAGGGCCGGCGGCAGAGCUUUGGCAGCUCCCUCUUCACAUACUCGCCCAACGGGACCCCUACCAUGCUCUCCUCGCCCAAACUCCCAUCAGCCAGCGUUGGCCUGACGAUGGGCACCAACGGAGCCUCGCUGAUCCAUAACCACAAGAUCAAGAAAGAAGAGGACGUAGGCCACUCUCUGAUGGGGCUCAGUAUGGCUCGUCUGACAGCGGGGGCGCUGCAGGGGAACACGAUGGGGGUGAUGCAGGCGGCGGCCGCUCAGGCGACAAUGGCCGCUCAGAUGGCGGCUCUGGAGCAGCUCAGGGACAAACUGGAGGCCGGAGAGCCACCAGAGAAGAAGAUGGCGCUGCCGGCAGAGGAACACCAACGACUGCUGCAGAGAGCGCUGCAACACAACCUGCUGGCCAUGACCGCUCAGUUACCCAUGAACAUCCGCAUCAACAACCAAGAGAGCAGGCAGAACUCGGCCCUGAACCUCACCACCAACGGCACAGGCAGCAUCAGCAUGUCAGUGGAGCUCAACGGCGUGAUGUACACCGGCGUUCUUUUUGCUCAGGCAGCAGCAGGGGCAGCUUUGUCCGGUGCAGUCGGAUCGUCCGUCUCCAACAAGACGGUCAGCAGUCGUGUUGCUCCAGCGCAGCACCAGAACACACCUACCUCAACCUCAAGCAACCCGUUGUCUUAAUAAACCCCAGCCUUUUUUUUUAUUUUAAAUUACCACGCUAAGUAAAGCCAAAACUCAACCUCAUUUUCUACAUAAUCUAUGCCAAAAAGAGAAGAACCAUUAACUGUACAGAGAGACUCAAACUGAAACUCAGAUCACUUGAAUUACACUAUCUCAGGUUUUCUCUCACCAACUCACCUCUUUUGUUCUUCAUAGCCAAAAUUAUUGCGGGGAGAAAACAAAGAAUAUCUCAACUGAGAGCCAGUAUAUGCUAAACAAAUAUGUAUGCACAAUCUGUGAAUUAUUUAUUUCUGCAUAAAUGUACAGAUUAUUGGAGAACAAAAGAGAAGGUAAUAACUAGGAAGGGUAAUGCACUGUUUACACACAAACACAGCUACUGAUUGACAGCAAUGUUUUAUCCUCUAGGGGGUAGAUUCUUUUAUUUUAUUUUAACUUUUUGUUGUUAUUGUUAUUCUCUUUACUGUGUUUUAUCAUUUAAUUUUAAAUCUUUAACAAUCCUCUCACUGCAGGAAAAAAAUAUAUUUAGAAUUAUAUUAAAAAAAAAGAUAAUAUGAAUAUUCUCUAUUUUUAAUCAGAAAAGCUUUUUCUUCAGGGCAUAUAACAAUGUACCAUUGUGACCUCAUUUUGUGUAAAACCUUUUUCGCAAGGCAGCCAUUUUGGAUCUCUAUUAGGGAGAUUGCGGUCGCUCCUGUUGUGUACCGAGAUACACAUCAUAUUAGUGCACAGAUUCUCCAGUGAAACAAAAUGUAAACCGCAUCUCAAGAGUGGUUACAAUGCUACAUAGCUAUUGAAUGCUCUGAAGCUGUCGUGCUUCUCCCGUUACAGCUGGAUAAUGUUUUUAUCCAAAUCCUGCUUGUUGACAUAAGGCCAGUUUAAUGUAUAUCUGUGCCAAUCUUGCAGGUAUUUUGUGAGUUAGCUUUGAGUUCAAAAUGGCUGUUUUGUAAGAGUAAGGUCAGUUCGGCAGGCGGGGAUAUGAACUCUUAGUCUUUCUUUUACCCUCGCCGCAGCUAACACGCUGGACUUUCGGAGCCUCAGUAGCGUCCACACAGACUGUUGCUGUUUGGGGUUCAGAUUGUAUGUGAAUAAUAACUAUUUUCGACUGCUCUCAGGUGUCUGAUGCUCAUCGCUUUGUACAAUAUCUUGACAAAGCCAGAGCAAUGCUUUUCAACAUCUUUCUCUGCAGAAAGAUCGAUUUUCAUCUUGUUUUUCUUACUUGGCCUUCUAGUGGAGUGAUUGUCUUAAGGUCAUAUGCAUGCCUGUAUUUGUAGAUAAAGCCUUUCAGCGAUCAGGAAUGAGGCAGGUAAACUGUGGUUUCAUGCUUUUAAAUCAAAGGAGUCGUGUAUCCACUAAAUCCCUAUCAUUGUGGAGACACUUACAUGGACAAUCAGGUGUUAUGUUAGCUUAAAUCUGAUUUGUUGUUGUUGUAUUAUAGUUAACAGAUGCUUUUAUUUUUAUUUCAGCUUUGUGUUUUGCAUGACUUAGUGCUUCUUCUGAUCCAAGUGCUUCUUAUCCUGUGCUGUGACAGGGACCAGGUCUCCUUGGCUGUCAAGGAUAUUACAGAGAAUGUCUUGUGAUCCUUUGACUGUUUUUAGAUGUUGUUUAAUUAGGGCUUUGACAAUGUGAUCUCAGAGGUAAUUGUAGCUGCAGCUGAGCACCCGCUUGUGUCUUAGUGUUUCUAUCAACACUUGCUGCAGUGAGAUUUGUAAAAAGUUAAAUCCGCCACAGUGAAGAUACCAUAUCAUUCACGUAAAGUUGUGUUUCUGCCAUUUAAAGUAGAUCAAUCAUUCAGCUUUUAGAAUUUGAACCUGUGCUACCUCUCUGGACUGUUAAAGAUUGUUACUCUACCCCCACCAAAAGCAGCCUCAUUCCUACUGACGUUAGGAAGUAAAUCAGGCUUUGUAUGUGGGUUCUGUUCUGAGGCCUUAACACAGCAUGAGAGGACCAGAGAGUCAGCAGUACCUCCGUCUAAUCACUUUUUACUGUUCCAGUCAAAUAUCACCAGAUGGCUGUCGCGGCUUUGAUUUUGGACGUGCCCCUCAAUGGGAAAUCACCACCAGCUGCUACACAAACACAGACUAGUUUUGAAAAGUACUCUCCAUACUCUGACAGCCAACAACUCUCUUUCAGAGUCACAUACAAUAAUUAAAUGUUGUCUUUAAGAUGGUAAAAUAGUGAGGAUUGUCCUAGUUUUGUUACCUUCUAGAAAAGACAAGUGAAGGUUUAGUUUGAUUUACAACUUUUGUCAAAGGUAGAACUGGAAGCAGAGACAGGAUCUCAUUGGUUGAUCUCAACGAAGUGGAAAACCACAGACUUUGUUUACAAGCCUUUUUGCCUUUAUUCCAAAAAAAACAACUAACUGUUGACAUGACCGAUGAUAAUGAAUAUUCCACUUUUACUCCCGUCAACAUUUUGAAAUGUAAGCUUUUCUUUUGAGCAUGCCUCUCUAUCUCAGUUUGUAUUCAAUGAUCUUAAGCUGGCAAAAUACCAUGUGUUGCAAACUGCAGAAGAUCCCAAAUUGGGACGCAUAUUCUACAUUUGCUGUAUGCGUAUCUAAUGGAUGCUAAAAGGCAGAAUAAUAGCACAGUCAAACAUGUCUAAAUCGGAAAUUGCUACAUUGGGAAUAAGGCUUAGUGACGAAAGAGUCUUACGGGUCAAUAGUGUCACCACCUACAGGAAGAAAGUGCUCCUGCUGCAUCGAUGCCGUUUUGCUUGUUAGUGUUUUUGAGGUUUACAUUUGUGCAUAUGUACCACCUGUCAGCUAAAGUAACUUGUUAGGAACUGGCACAUGUUCACAAUGGCAUCUCAGCUCCCCCAGCCAAGGCCUUGCAACACACACAAUCACGCACACACACUACACAGGACUGAGGCAGAGGACGCUGGGGUCGUCACACUGUAAACAGACGUUUGAAUAACAUUGGAGAAUUAUGCGGCUCACUAACCUUUAAUGGCUAUUUAAUAAUCUUGUGUCCGCAUGUGGCUGUUUGGCAUUAACUGUUAGCUGUUAAUCAUAAAUAAAAAAUAAGAAAAGUAUAGUUUGACUACUCAAUAGAAAAAACUUUGUAUUUCAAGUGUGACGAGAAAGCUCGUUUGAAAUGCAAAAACCUCAAAAACGCAAAUAUAAAAAAGAAGACUUGCGACAGCCUUUUCUCACUAUUAUCAGUCUAAUGCUACUCUUUAGAUCCAACCACCUACAGUCAACUCAUCAGAUUAAAUCAUUUUUAGAUUAAGAUUUUGUGAUUUCGGAUAAGGAAUCAUAGCCCAUGAUUGAUUAAUGUUCAGGUUCUUUAUGUAGAUUUGUCAUAGAUGAAUUUGUAUUCCUACAGUACAAAUGUACAUAUCAAACAGGCAGUUCCAUCUGACUUCUUCUUAGCAUGCAGCAGGCAUAUCUGAUGUGUGUCUUUAUUCUCCGUUAUUGUUUAAGAUAUGGCUAUUGAAUUAUGUAUAUGGUAUAACAAGCUCAAUUACCAAUAUUUUAGAGCAUCAAAAAAGUUUGUUUGAUUCCAGAAAACUGGAGAAAGUAGAUUUCAAUUUAAGUAAAGGCUUUUUCACCAGCUACCUUUAACUGGCCGAUCGAAAGUCAUCACAAUUUGGUGUUUCAUAGAGUUUAAUAGGGAUAAAGUAUGAUGUCAAGAAUUCCCAUUCUGGUCUUAACUCAGUUUUCAGUCAGUUUCUCCUCGAUUCCCCCGUUAAGGCAACUGUUCAUUUCAUAGAUUACCAUGUAAACUGAUGUUUUUACUUGGUCAAUUUGGUAACACGCAGAAGUCCCAGCAUGCCUCUCUCUCUGCGUGAGUAGCAGAUGUCACAGUUACUGGUGAUGGCUGACAAUCAAAUAGAGACAUGCUGUGGCUGAAAGCAUUAGUUUAGGGGGGAGGGCCGCUCGAGAGAGCAAAAUUCAAUCAAUACUGAUCUAAAGGAUCAACUGCUUUCUUAGGUUUUUGACCCUGUGACCUUUUGACCCCCGAGGCAACAUUCAGGCACCUGCCCCCUUCAAUCGAUCCAUGUUUAUCGUAUAAAUCUAUUGUCUCCCUCUCUGGGAUAUUUGCAUAUGAACAGUGGAGGUACUGCAGCUCUCUGUCUUUCUUUCUGUACUGUAUGUGCACGGCAGGUCUUGCGUGGUAGCGACAAUCAGGAGACAUUAACACUGUAUACCUCCAAACACUCUGACAUCCCUUCAACCACACAGAGCAAGCUUCUACCUCAAGAAUAACAAAGCCUUGGCUUCAGCCAAAACAGACUUUUCAAGGUUGUGUUCAAGCAGAAAAAUAUCAUCAAAACGAUAUUGAUGCUGGUUAUUAAAGACUAUGAAAGAGGUUGUAAUGACCACAGACAAUAAGAUAUUAACUUUUGGUUAUGAAAGGGAAGUCAGAGAUGUUAGUACAGUUCAGGGUUGAGUUCAAGCUUCAUCUUCUUUACUGAGAGCUCCCCUCAGUGGAAGGUUUUGUUAUGACGCACUAUCAGUUCACAUUUCCUAAAGGGAAAGGCAAAAAAGGUCUGAGCUAAGUCUGUGAAGAUUUAUUGUCCUUCAUUGUGGACAUUUACUGCAAACAAAGGACAUAUUUAAGUGUUAAUUUCUUCAUUUUACUACUUAGUGUUUUCUUUUUUAAAGUGACAAGGCCUCAUCACUGGACACAUUAAGGCUCCACUGAAACAAACUAUUUUAGAGGCAUAUAAUUACAGAAUUUGUUUACUUAUUUAAACCAGUAAACAAUCAAUAAUCAAACAUCCUUUCUUGCUUGUUUCUCUUUGCUGGGGUCAAACAGGUUUCUCCAUAAUUUACAAAACAUUGGAGCAAAGUAGCUGUGAAAACUAUAUCAGUCUUAACUCUGUUCUUUACCAGAGUUUGUUCUGAGUCUGGAGAAGAAUUUCUAUCAGGUUUUAUAGUCAGACUGGUAUUUAUUUCUGAAUGCUACCAGCUGCUUUUUAUGUGUCCGUGUGUCUGUAGCCGCUUUGUUUUCUUUCUUUCUUCCUUUUGACAAAUGUACAUUAUUGUGUGGUUAUGCAGUUUAAACGCUUGGGUUGAUUUCAAAAAGUCUGCUUGUUAGGUGCAUUCAUGUGCUGUUAUACAGAUCAGAAAAACAAUAACUCCGCUGGACUUAUUUUCAUCUCACAUUUCUUUUUGUCUUGGUGUUUGAUUUCCAGUCAAUCCAGGAAGGUCGUAAAUGUAGUGCUUUACAUGGGCUGACUCCCAAUCAGCACAAGCCCCUGCAGUCUCUUGUGGUUGGCUUGCUCGCUCUGUCAUAGCUUUCAAGUGUUUCACCUUGAAAUAGUGCUGCUUUUAUUCCCACCUGAGCCUAGCUAAAGAACGUCUUGAAACCAGAGUGUCUUGCAUGGAAAACGAAAACUCUGACUCUUGUUCCCACAUGUUGCUGACGUGGAAAUUCUGCUGGAACAUUUACGGGUUAAGGUGCAUGUGGGCUUUGGGGGCUUUUGACUCAACAUCACCACUGACUUUAUCUCCAUCAGGGGGACUGUGGACAAGGAAAAUUAGAAAUAACAAGAUGCCUUCUGCUGGGACAAUUGUUGUAUGAAAUAACCUGUAUUACUAAGAUUCAUUAAAUAGAAUAUGUCUGAAAUAUGGCUUUUUAGGGCUAUGCAUUAUUAUAUCAUGUUCCUACUACCUGUUCUUUCUUUGCUUUUUUUUGGAUAUGCUAUAGCAAACCCGGCACACCGAGAUUACCUUUAGAGCAAAUUUAUUAAUAUAAUGAUGAUGAUGAUAAAUAAUGGGAUUAUUUUAGGGAAGCAUGUGAUGUGUGUGUGGGCUUCACGUGUCUUCAAGUUAACUGAAACAGGCUAUUGUCUCUUACAACUUCUCAGGAAAAUCUACCUCUACCUCCAGUUUUAUGCAUUUAACCCAGUUUAAGUUACAGUUUAGUGAAAGAGGACUUGAGAGCGGACCCAGGUCUGAAAUAACUCCAACAUAGUAUAGUACCUAAUAUAGCUUAUAAUGGCACACCUAAGAGUGUAUUACAUCAAGUAUUGUGGUAUAUUUAUAUCCGUUUCCUGGCUGUUAACAAAUACAAAUACUCUCAGAAAAUAUAUUUGUCACCCUGGUGGGUGUGUGAGAGGUUUAUUUUUGACUCUUGGGUCUUUCUCCGUCUCUCUGAUUCUCUCUGUGUUACAGGUUGGUAACACUUUAGCUUAUUUGAGCAUCAACAACAGGGAACCUCCAGUUCAACAGCUUACUAACUACUCAGUACUGCUUUUAGUACCACUGUUUUUCAGUCUGUUCUAUUAAUGUGUGCUUAUUCCUCCUUUUUUAUAAAUGAUUUUUUUUUUGUUGAAUGGGAUGUUUCCCGGUAACCACGGUAAUAGUGAAGUGGCGGCUGGCAAUGCAACAGUUUUAUUUUUGUUUUCUUUGUUUUUGAAGGGUGAAGAGCUAUUAUUGCCUAUUUACUCAUUAUGUGUUUGUGUGAAUACUUUUAUUUUGAAUCUGAAAUUAAUAAAAUAUCACCUCUCUUUAAUGUCA